AUGGAAAAAGAUAAAUUCUUACAGAUAUUCAACAAUUGUGUUUUAAAUAGAUUAAUAUUCAAACAUGUUAAGAGUAUACAUAAUGCUAUUAGUGGUGUUAGAUAUAGUUGGUCAGAGGUUAUUGAGAAUCCAAUAGUAAUGGCUCGUUAUUCAUAUUUAAAUGAACUUAAAUUGUAUUAUACCGAUCAUUCUAUUGGUAAUUGUAGAUUUGAAGUUAUUGAUACAUUUAAAUCAGCAAUCAAAAGUGGAAACAUCGAGACUCUGAAAUAUUUGGUGGAGUUGGCCAAACCAAUCUCAAGAUCUGUUUAUGAACAUCGAAUUAAAUUCGAUAGAAUCUUAUCUUAUACAGCGAAGUAUGGAAGUUUGGAAAUGGUCAAAUACAUAUGUAGAGAGUUUGACAAGAAAAGAUUGAAUUACCAUUCUGGAUUAAUCAAAUCACCACUCUCUGGUGAUAUUGAAAUGAUCAAGUAUCUAAACGAACAACUGGUGAAUUGUGAUCAUUCAAAAAAUAAAGAAUUAAACACUUCUAAAAGAGGUACAAUUUUUUAUUAUGCAGCAAAGAAAGGUCGAAUCGAUAUCAUUGAAUGGUUGUUCGAGAAUAGAUCAGAGGAUAGGUCUGAAAGCUACGCGUAUCAUGGUGCAAUUAAAGGUGGACAUCUCCAUGUCGUUCAAUAUCUCCUCGAUAUCAAUGAACCAAUCAGACAAACUUCACAUCCGAAGCAUGGUACUUUGUUUGACUAUUCAAUCUAUCGCAAUCAAUUUGAAAUUGCAAAACUAUUACACCAAAAUAAUAUCAGAGAAUCAAAAGAGACACCAAUCGAUUAUGCAGUUUCACAUCGAAAUAUUUCAAUGUUGAAAUGGUUGAAUGAAAAUACAACUGUUGCGGCCAGUGAGAAUGCCAUGAACAAUGCAGCAAUCAACAACGAUCUAGAAGUUCUCAAAUGGUUACAACAGCAUCGAACUGAAGGUUGUAGUGAUGAUAUAAUUCAAAGUGUGUCUCAUUUAGGUCAUAUAGAAGUUAUUCAAUGGUUAUAUGAGAAUCAAAGUAGUGUACUUCGAUAUGAGCCAAUCUAUGGAGCUAUUAUCAAUGGUCAUAUAGAACUCGUCAAAUGGUUUUUUGAAAAACGAAACGAACAAACAAGUAUUUUUGCAAUGGAUUAUGCAGCAUUGAAUGUAUCAUCAGAAAUCAGCAAUUUACAAAUGAUCAAAUGGUUGCAUGAAAAUCAUCCAGAGGUCAAAUGUACAGAACAUGCUAUGUUAUAUGCUAUCGGUAAUGGUCAUUUCGAAACAAUGAAAUGGUUGCGAGAAAACAGAACUGAGAUUUCAAUUUUGAAAAAACUUAACUUUCAAAGUAUGAAGAGAGGAAAUGCAGAAACUAUCAAAUGGUUAUCGGAGAACUUUAUAAUCGAUUGGGACAUUUUACUUAUAAAUGAAGCAAUUUUCGAUAAUUCAGAAAUAGUUGACACUAUUAUCAAACAAAAUCUUAGUACUAUUGACAAAGAUACUGUCUCAACAGCAUUUUACAAAGGAGAUCUAAACAUGAUCCAAUGGCUCCACAAAAAUAAUAUUCAAGGUGUGUUCAAUAGCCAGUCAAUGGAGAAUUCGAUUAAAGGCAUGCAGUAUCCACUUGUAAAAUGGCUCUAUGAAAACAAAAGUGAUUGUAGAUUUUCAUUGCAUAGCUUAGAAAACUCCAUUACAAUUGGACACAUGGGCAUGAUUGAGUACAUCUUAGAUAGACAUCCAGAGUUUGGCCAUCAAUUAUCUUUGAAGAAAUCUCUUGAAUAUUAUUAUCUUUAUGAUGAUAUUGAAAUGCUUGAAUUCCUUUUGGACAAGAUCGACUUCAAAUUGGACGGACUAAAGGAAUAUCAAAAGAUGAUAGAUUCCACACCAGAAUAUUCUGAUGUUUCAAAAACACUUUUGAAUAACCAUAUUAAAAAGAAAAUAGAUAAUAUUGAUGGUGAUACAAAUCAAUUUGAAAUUCAGGAUAGAUAA